AUGUGUCGCAGCGUUUGGCGCGUGAUUUCGUUAGAAACAUGCAGCAAUAAUAAACCUGCAAAUACUGCAAUCGAAGUGCUUAUCAACAAAUCAGCUGGCGACAACAACAGCGCGCGCGCCGCCUCAGCUGCCGCACAACUAAACCGGUUCUACAUAGAUGUGAAUUACGCUUACCAGCCGGGGCGCUCGACUUCAGACGCGGUCCGUGACGUCACCGCGCGAGUACUCCAGCGUCUCGAGGACGGGCGGCAGGUCGCAGCCAUCUUCUGUGACCUGUCGCGCGCCUUCGAGACAAUAGACCACGCACUACUUCUGAGCAAGCUGCGACACUACGGUUUCACUGGUUGUUUUCACGGCACUAUCGCCUCUAUCCUGAUACAGGGGGCUGAUUUAUGGGCGACAUCUGCCGACCGUGAUAGACCCUUCAAGCUCCAGAAACGAGCAUUGAGGACUAUUGCGCGCGUACCGCCUGAUCACCCCGCAAGGGACCUAUUCAGGCGUUACAAAAUCUUAACUCUGCCCAGUGUGUACAUCCUGACGGCCUGCAGAUAUUAUCUGAAUCUGAAUCUGAAGUGGCGGUGCACCAACAGGAACCUCAACUGCAAAGCUUAUGUCGUCACCAAGGACAACUUGGUAGUCAGAAGAAUGUUUAACCACAUACAUUCGUUCCACGACAAGAAGAUUCUAAGGAUGGUGGCAGCAGGGAACGUUUUAGCCGCGUUACCAGAAGACUGCAAACAAGACACUAAUGAGGAAAGUUCUAAAAACCCUGUGGCCAGGAAAGAAAAACUCAGUAAAAAGUCCAAGAAGACUGUAGCUAAAAAGACCAAAGGACAGAAAGAUCUAAUCGAUAUGUUUGAAAGAGCCAGAGACAAGACUGAAAGAGCCAUUGAAGAAAAGUCUCCAAAAAAAAGUACGAGAACAAAAAAACCAUAUAGAUGCAAGCAAAGCGCAGAUGCCCAGCAAAAACCCUAUGCACAAGGAAAUCUAAGCAUAGAUACCAAAACCUUUAAACAAAUAAAAAAAAUUGCAGAACCCAAACCUAUUGAGCAAGGAGACCAUAGUUCGGCCGCUAAAGUAUCCUAUGAACAGGGAAAACGUGGCAUAAAUAAAAUAUUUAGGAUACCUUCUGAACAUGGAAUUGUGGCUAAAAUACCUUGUGACGAAGACAGAGCAGUGGCUGAAAGGCUCUGUGAACUGAGUGGGCAAAAAGAUAUUCUACAAAAAAUAUUCGUAGUCACUUAAUAAAUGAAACACAUAAACGGGGUUUAUCAAUGCCUGCGUUAUUGCAAGAUGGUGAGAUUGGUGAGUUAUUGGCUUCAAAAAAAUAACUAAUUUUCGGAUAGGAAAUUAGCGCGGAAUAUAAGUAGCGAAUAUGCUCAAUGUAAGAAAUAUUUGUGAGUGUGCAUGGGAAAACGUCCCACUUUGUCGAUUGCUAUAAAGCCCCUUUGUCAGUUUAUUCAUAUAAAGAUACAAGUGAAUCUCGCCUUAAUGGAGACCGACAAAGUUGGGACGUUUUACUAUACACACUCACAUUUAUAGUUUCCUUUGGCAGCCAAAUAGACAGACUCAAAUACACUGUACCUACCUUAAAGUGAAAGAUUUUGAAACCUAAUCCUAGGGGCCGAUUUUUGAGUCUCACGCGUUCGAAGUCAGAAAAUUGUCACUGAAAAUAGUAGGCAAUUCACCGUUUUCAACCGGUAUUUUAGUGAGUGAGAUUCAAAAAUCGGCCCCCUGGUCCUGUGGCUUACAAUUUCUAUGAGU